CUUGGCUUUCACCGUCAUGAUUUCUGCAGGAAUCUGGCAAAACAGACUCUUUGUACAAUUCAAUGAAUUUAUAUUGUACAAUCAACAACCUAUUUGGUGCUGGUACCGACACUACGGCUACAACGCUACGCUGGGGUCUUCUGCUCAUGGCCAAAUACCCUGAAAUACAAGCCAGGGUUCAAGAUGAGAUUGACCGAGUGAUCGGUGGACGUCAGCCAGUGGCGGAAGACAGGAAGAACUUAUCAUAUACAGACGCUGUGAUCCAUGAAACCCAGAGAUUUGCAAACGUAGUACCCCUUGGUUCCCCUCAUCAGACCACCUGUGAUGUUCACCUGAAUGGAUACCUCAUCAAGAAGGGUACCAGUGUGUGGGCGCUACUGGCAUCUGUACUGAGGGAUGAAAAUGAGUGGGAAACUCCUGACAGCUUCAAC